AUGCAGAAGCCCGGGCACAGAAAGAGCAUAGAUAGGAAAGGGAAGACACAAAGCAGAAGUUUGGGUUUCAUUUACCUGUGGAGCUUGCAGACAGGCUCUUCUUAUCGCUUCCGAGCUGGAAUGCAGAGUGGUGUAUUUGUGCUCAGGUAAACUCGGAUGCAUGGCGAAGUGUGGCUGUUUGCUAUUCAUUGACAUCAUCUUUGCAACUGCUUCUCUUUCAAAAAAAUGCUUUUUAAGUGAAGAAUAGGGUCUACAAAUGGACGAGAUGGAAAGCUGUAGUAGCCUAAGACAGUGGUCCCGUAACGAUGCAAUAGUUUGACGGUGUUGAGUACAACCGGAUCAGCCCUGAGCACGAAAAGAUCACCGUCAGAGAUGCCUGCAGUCUCCCAAGGCCGACGCACUUAUCUGUCGUCUGCUGUUCCCACUGGCUGCCGACAGGGAUGAGAGAAGGGCUCUUACACCUGAAUGUCUCAACUCUCGUCAAGCGGAGCUCGGCUUCUCUCGCGAGACAUGGUGCAUGAACAGUGCAGCCAGCCAGCCAGCCAGCCUGCCUUUCAAGAUAAUAAGCGAACAGCUUCAAGCUGUAGCGGUUAACUGGAGAGGAGGAAAGGAGCCCGGCGCCGGCGCGUGCGUUUUAAUACAGGUCUCUCAGCCUCGGCACCACUCCAGCCACGAGCCCGGACAAGCACGGGGUUCGAACACCUGUAGCUCGAGCUUGGAUGUUUUGAUUCAUUUCAAUGCCUGAUAUUUGGUUAUUUAUGCUGUUGUUCAUAGGAAUUCACAUCCAUUUUUUUUGGUUGUUGCAAUAUUCACUGUUAUCUUUUUGGCAGACAACUGAUGUAGGUAUCCCUUAAGACCAUGAAUCCUAUUUUGAUUCCUUAAAAAAAAUAUUUAUUUAAAAGGAAAAACAAUGCAAAGUUGAAAUUGAAUAAAACGGUGAAUAUGGCAAUAAAAUGGGGCUAGGCCGAAAUGGUAGCAUAGGCCUGUAGCCUAGUCAUUAUGCACAUAAAUGAUUUGAUAUAGUGUUGAAGCAUUUGUCCAAACGGCCUAAUCAAGAUUGUAUGGGAAAGGAGACCACCACAGUCACUUAAUUUAUUAACCCAAUAUUGAAUUGAUAUGAGCAGAAGGGUUGUAAUUAGAGUAAGGUUAUUAUCAAACAAUACAACACGGAACAGGAGGAAUAUCUCGGGACUCCCUCGGGAUUGCAACUCUCUUAAAUGCAGGCAGAGAGAGACAGAGAGAGAGACAGAGAGGAGACAGAGAAGACAGAGAGAGAGACAGAGAGACAGAGAGAGAGACAGAGAGACAGACAGACAGACAGACAGACAGACAGACAGACAGACAGAACAGACGAAAGAGAGAGAGAACAGAGACAGAGACAGAGAGAGACAGAGAGAGAGAGAGACAGAGAGACAGAGAGACAGAGAGACAGAGAGAGGAGAGAGGGAGAGAGAGAGAGGGGGUGAGAGACGGAGAGAGAGACAGAGAGAGACAGAGAGAGAGAGACAGAGAGAGAGAGAGAGAGAGAGACAGAGAGAGGAGACAGAGAGAGAGAGAGAGAGAGAGAGAGAGAGAGAGAGAGAGAGAGAGAGAGAGAGAGAGAGAGGCCAGUCUGCACUCUGACUUCACUGGGCGACAUAGCCGAAAUAUUUCAAUAGCAAAUUCUUGGUGCAUGAACAGUGCAGCCAGUUUAAUUAUAGCCCAAAUGAAUAUGAUGCGUCAAGUUCAUAUGAAUUAGGCUGUGCUUUUACGCACUCUGAAUUGAUAUCUAUAGCCAGAGAUUUUAUUCCAAACAAAAUAUGUUAUCUCAGCAUUCAAGCUAAAUAGAAAAAAUCUAAUGACGUUUUUUUGUGACCAGCUCUAAACUUCAGCAGUUACCCAAAAAUGUAGUCGCAGCAUAUCGAAAGUGGGCCUAAAUUUACAUUUGCAUUUUAGUCAUUUAGCAGACGCUCUAAUCCAGAGCAAUUUACAGUUAGGUGAGUGCAUACAUUUUUCUUUUUUUUCUUCAUAUAUCCAACAUUGAAUGACCACAUGAGAAUUGGUGCAUCUAAAAUGGCCCCUAUUCCCGCCCUACACAGCGCCCAUGGUGCUCUGGUCUGAUCCCACUAUAGAGGGAUGAGAGUGCCUUUUCGGACGCAAAGAAUGAGCAGCUAAUUUCCUGAUGUAAUACCAUUGGCACACUGGCCUAUAUGUGUUCUCCUGUUCUCUCAUAUUAACCCCUAGACAACAUGAUAGCCCGCACCCCCCCACCCCACCUUCAAUCAUUCCACCCCAUCAUCACCACUCGCCAGAUGAGCGCUAAACAAAUUGAUUUAAUAUCACCACCGUAACCUUGUACACAGUCUUUAAGAAAUUAAUGAAUCCCAAUGAAUUAACACUUCAUUUAUUCAAACGACCUGCAGAACGGUUGAGCCCAAUUACAUUUUCCUGCCAUGAUUAGAGGUAGGCUAUGCGUAAUCUACAUGAAAACCGUAACAUUUGCAUAAUAAAUAAAAAAGGGUCUGGUGCCACACUUGGAAGCUAAGGGAGGCUCGGGCGCGUGGGAGGUCUUUGUAGUAGUGUAGUCUUAUGUGUUCUGGUCCGUUACCAUGUAGUUACCGUUAGCCUGGUCCGUUACCAUAUAGUUACCGUUAGGUCUAGUAGCCUGGUCUGUUACCAUAUAGUUACCAUUAGGUCUAGUAGCCUGGUCCGUUACCAUAUAGUUACCGUUAGGUCUAGUAGCCUGGUCCGUUACCAUAUAGUUACCGUUAGGUCUAGUAGCCUGGUCCGUUACCAUGUAGUUACCGUUAGGUCUAGUAGCCUGGCCCGUUACCAUGUAGUUACCGUUAGGUCUAGUAGCCUGGCCCGUUACCAUAUAGUUACCGUUAGCCUGGUCCGUUACCAUAUAGUGACCGUUAGGUCUAGUAGCCUGGUCCGUUACCAUGUAGUUACCGUUAGGUCUAGUAGCCUGGUCCGUUACCAUGUAGUUACCGUUAGGUCUAGUAGCCUGGUCCGUUACCAUAUAGUUACCGUUAGCCUGGCCCGUUACCAUAUAGUUACCGUUAGCCUGGUCCGUUACCAUAUAGUUACCGUUAGGUCUAGUAGCCUGGUCCGUUACCAUGUAGUUACCGUUAGCCUGGCCCGUUACCAUAUAGUUACCGUUAGGUCUAGUAGCCUGGCCCGUUACCAUGUAGUUACCGUUAGGUCUAGUAGCCUGGUCCGUUACCAUAUAGUUACCGUUAGGUCUAGUAGCCUGGUCCGUUACCAUGUAGUUACCGUUAGCCUGGCCCGUUACCAUGUAGUUACCGUUAGGUCUAGUAGCCUGGUCCGUUACCAUGUAGUUACCGUUAGGUCUAGUAGCCUGGUCCGUUACCAUGUAGUUACCGUUAGGUCUAGUAGCCUGGUCCGUUACCAUAUAGUUACCGUUAGGUCUAGUAGCCUGGUCCGUUACCAUGUAGUUACCGUUAGGUCUAGUAGCCUGGUCCGUUACCAUAUAGUUACCGUUAGGUCUAGUAGCCUGGUCCGUUACCAUGUAGUUACCGUUAGGUCUAGUAGCCUGGUCCGUUACCAUAUAGUUACCGUUAGGUCUAGUAGCCUGGCCCGUUACCAUAUAGUUACCGUUAGGUCUAGUAGCCUGGUCCGUUACCAUAUAGUUACCGUUAGGUCUAGUAGCCUGGCCCGUUACCAUAUAGUUACCGUUAGGUCUAGUAGCCUGGUCCGUUACCAUAUAGUUACCGUUAGGUCUAGUAGCCUGGCCCGUUACCAUGUAGUUACCGUUAGGUCUAGUAGCCUGGUCCGUUACCAUAUAGUUACCGUUAGGUCUAGUAGCCUGGUCCGUUACCAUGUAGUUACCGUUAGGUCUAGUAGCCUGGUCCGUUACCAUAUAGUUACCGUUAGGUCUAGUAGCCUGGUCCGUUACCAUGUAGUUACCGUUAGGUCUAGUAGCCUGGUCCGUUACCAUAUAGUUACCGUUAGGUCUAGUAGCCUGGCCCGUUACCAUAUAGUUACCGUUAGGUCUAGUAGCCUGGUCCGUUACCAUAUAGUUACCGUUAGGUCUAGUAGCCUGGCCCGUUACCAUAUAGUUACCGUUAGCCUGGUCCGUUACCAUAUAGUUACCGUUAGGUCUAGUAGCCUGGCCCGUUACCAUAUAGUUACCUUUAGGUCUAGUAGCCUGGCCCGUUACCAUGUAGUUACCGUUAGCCUGGUCCGUUACCAUAUAGUUACCGUUAGGUCUAGUAGCCUGGUCCGUUACCAUGUAGUUACCGUUAGGUCUAGUAGCCUGGCCCGUUACCAUAUAGUUACCGUUAGGUCUAGUAGCCUGGCCCGUUACCAUAUAGUUACCGUUAGGUCUAGUAGCCUGGCCCGUUACCAUAUAGUUACCGUUAGGUCUAGUAGCCUGGUCCGUUACCAUGUAGUUACCGUUAGGUCUAGUAGCCUGGUCCGUUACCAUAUAGUUACCGUUAGGUCUAGUAGCCUGGCCCGUUACCAUAUAGUUACCGUUAGGUCUAGUAGCCUGGUCCGUUACCAUGUAGUUACCGUUAGGUCUAGUAGCCUGGUCCGUUACAUUAUAGUUACCGUUAGCCUGGUCCGUUACCAUAUAGUUACCGUUAGGUCUAGUAGCCUGGUCCGUUACCAUGUAGUUACCGUUAGGUCUAGUAGCCUGGUCCGUUACCAUGUAGUUACCGUUAGCCUGGUCCGUUACCAUAUAGUUACCGUUAGGUCUAGUAGCCUGGUCCGUUACCAUGUAGUUACCAUUAGGUCUAGUAGCCUGGUCCGUUACCAUGUAGUUACCGUUAGGUCUAGUAGCCUGGUCCGUUACCAUAUAGUUACCGUUAGGUCUAGUAGCCUGGUCCGUUACCAUGUAGUUACCGUUAGGUCUAGUAGCCUGGUCCGUUACCAUGUAGUUACCGUUAGCCUGGUCCGUUACCAUAUAGUUACCGUUAGGUCUAGUAGCCUGGUCCGUUACCAUGUAGUUACCGUUAGGUCUAGUAGCCUGGUCCGUUACCAUAUAGUUACCGUUAGGUCUAGUAGCCUGGUCCGUUACCAUGUAGUUACCGUUAGGUCUAGUAGCCUGGUCCGUUACCAUGUAGUUACCGUUAGGUCUAGUAGCCUGGCCCGUUACCAUAUAGUUACCGUUAGGUCUAGUAGCCUGGUCCGUUACCAUAUAGUUACCGUUAGGUCUAGUAUUCUGGUCCGUUACCAUGUAGUUACCGUUAGGUCUAGUAGCCUGGUCCGUUACCAUAUAGUUACCGUUAGGUCUAGUAGCCUGGGCCGUUACCAUAUAGUUACCGUUAGGUCUAGUAGCCUGGUCCGUUACCAUAUAGUUACCGUUAGGUCUAGUAGCCUGGCCCGUUACCAUGUAGUUACCGUUAGGUCUAGUAGCCUGGCCCGUUACCAUGUAGUUACCGUUAGGUCUAGUAGCCUGGUCCGUUACCAUGUAGUUACCGUUAGGUCUAGUAGCCUGGUCCGUUACCAUGUAGUUACCGUUAGGUCUAGUAGCCUGGUCCGUUACCAUAUAGUUACCGUUAGGUCUAGUAGCCUGGCCCGUUACCAUAUAGUUACCGUUAGCCUGGUCCGUUACCAUGUAGUUACCGUUAGGUCUAGUAGCCUGGUCCGUUACCAUAUAGUUACCGUUAGGUCUAGUAGCCUGGUCCGUUACCAUAUAGUUACCGUUAGCCUGGUCCGUUACCAUGUAGUUACCGUUAGCCUGGUCCGUUACCAUAUAGUUACCGUUAGGUCUAGUAGCCUGGCCCGUUACCAUGUAGUUACCGUUAGCCUGGUCCGUUACCAUGUAGUUACCGUUAGGUCUAGUAGCCUGGCCCGUUACCAUAUAGUUACCGUUAGCCUGGUCCGUUACCAUAUAGUUACCGUUAGCCUGGUCCGUUACCAUGUAGUUACCGUUAGGUCUAGUAGCCUGGCCCGUUACCAUAUAGUUACCGUUAGCCUGGUCCGUUACCAUAUAGUUACCGUUAGGUCUAGUAGCCUGGCCCGUUACCAUGUAGUUACCGUUAGCCUGGUCCGUUACCAUGUAGUUACCGUUAGGUCUAGUAGCCUGGCCCGUUACCAUAUAGUUACCGUUAGCCUGGUCCGUUACCAUAUAGUUACCGUUAGGUCUAGUACCCUGGUCCGUUACCAUGUAGUUACCGUUAGCCUGGCCCGUUACCAUAUAGUUACCGUUAGCCUGGUCCGUUACCAUAUAGUUACCGUUAGGUCUAGUAGCCUGGCCCGUUACCAUGUAGUUACCGUUAGGUCUAGUACCCUGGUCCGUUACCAUGUAGUUACCGUUAGGUCUAGUAGCCUGGUCCGUUACCAUGUAGUUACCGUUAGGUCUAGUAGCCUGGUCCGUUACCAUGUAGUUACCGUUAGGUCUAGUAGCCUGGUCCGUUACCAUGUAGUUACCGUUAGCCUGGCCCGUUACCAUAUAGUUACCGUUAGGUCUAGUAGCCUGGUCCGUUACCAUGUAGUUACCGUUAGGUCUAGUAGCCUGGCCCGUUACCAUGUAGUUACCGUUAGGUCUAGUAGCCUGGCCCGUUACCAUAUAGUUACCGUUAGGUCUAGUAGCCUGGUCCGUUACCAUGUAGUUACCGUUAGGUCUAGUAGCCUGGUCCGUUACCAUGUAGUUACCGUUAGGUCUAGUAGCCUGGUCCGUUACCAUGUAGUUACCGUUAGGUCUAGUAGCCUGGUCCGUUACCAUGUAGUUACCGUUAGCCUGGUCCGUUACCAUGUAGUUACCGUUAGGUCUAGUAGCCUGGCCCGUUACCAUGUAGUUACCGUUAGGUCUAGUAGCCUGGGCCAUUACCAUAUAGUUACCGUUAGCCUGGCCCGUUACCAUAUAGUUACCGUUAGCCUGGCCCGUUACCAUGUAGUUACCGUUAGGUCUAGUAGCCUGGUCCGUUACCAUAUAGUUACCGUUAGCCUGGUCCGUUACCAUGUAGUUACCGUUAGGUCUAGUAGCCUGGUCCGUUACCAUGUAGUUACCGUUAGGUCUAGUAGCCUGGGCCAUUACCAUAUAGAUACCGUUAGCCUGGCCCGUUACCAUGUAGUUACCGUUAGCCUGGCCCGUUACCAUGUAGUUACCGUUAGGUCUAGUAGCCUGGGCCAUUACCAUAUAGUUACCGUUAGCCUGGCCCGUUACCAUAUAGUUACCGUUAGCCUGGUCCGUUACCAUAUAGUUACCGUUAGCCUGGUCCGUUACCAUGUAGUUACCGUUAGGUCUAGUAGCCUGGACCGUUACCAUAUAGUUACCGUUAGGUCUAGUAGCCUGGCCCGUUACCAUAUAGUUACCGUUAGCCUGGCCCGUUACCAUGUAGUUACCGUUAGGUCUAGUAGCCUGGCCCGUUACCAUAUAGUUACCGUUAGCCUGGCCCGUUACCAUAUAGUUACCGUUAGCCUGGGCCAUUACCAUAUAGUUACCGUUAGCCUGGCCCGUUACCAUAUAGUUACCGUUAGCCUGGGCCAUUACCAUAUAGUUACCGUUAGCCUGGCCCGUUACCAUAUAGUUACCGUUAGCCUGGCCCGUUACCAUAUAGUUACCGUUAGCCUGGUCCGUUACCAUAUAGUUACCGUUAGGUCUAGUAGCCUGGUCCGUUACCAUGUAGUUACCGUUAGGUCUAGUAGCCUGGUCCGUUACCAUGUAGUUACCGUUAGGUCUAGUAGCCUGGUCCGUUACCAUAUAGUUACCGUUAGUUAA